UGCCACCGGGGGCCGCACAGGUGGCUGAUGAGGGAGGAACUGAGGACCAGGCCGGACGCCCCACGUCAGAGAAAUGGGGGCAAAGAGCCUCCUGGUUCGGGGUUGCGGGGGUGACGAGGUCAAGCCGGCUUCCCUGUGAGGCUUCAGGAAGCCGCCCGGAUGGCGGGAACACCAGCUUGUUCACUCAUCUUUCCUGUCGGGACCUUUGACAGUCUUUGGUCAAGAGACACAGGCUUUCGCCCGGCCUGUCCUCUGUCGCUGUGGUCCCAUGGCUCAUCCUCAUGUCGUGGAGCCUGUGGUCUAUGACAGGCCUACUCCUGCUCCCGCGCAGGGGCCCUGUCGGUCCACCCGAGGCGUCUUCCGAAGUCCGCCCCCUCCCCAGACUCGUCCCUGUGCCAGAAAGUCUUUGAUGUGCUUCUGGGUCAGAACUCAGCCUUGUUUUGGUGGAGACCCCGUCCCCUCACGUGCAGAGGAAGAGGAAGGCCGAGAGCCUCCCGGCGCCGCAGAGAAGCCGACAUCCCAGAUCCGCUCCCCGGGUCCCGAGCUGGAGCGAGAGCGAGAGCAGGGGCAUCGGUACGUCUGCAGAUAUCCGGGGCGGGGGCGGUGGGGGCUGUCGGGAAUGCAGGGGACACAGCUCUGGCCUCUUUGGGAGCCAGGCCUCUCCUGUGGCCCUGCUCCCGCCCCGGAGCUAUUGGGAAAGCAGAUGCUGUCAAUGGAGGAGCCCUUCAAGCCCACAGAGACUGGCCUCCUGCGGGAGGAUGGCGGGUCUGGGGCCCACGCCGAGGACACAGCCACGCUCUCCGGGGAGCACGGCCUGGCUGAGCAGACGCUGAACCAGCAGCUGCAGCAGCAGGUGGCCCAGCUGCACGAGGCCCUCAGGAGGCAGGAGUCCCGGUGGGCCGCAGCUCAGCGCCACCUCCAGAGCCAGAUAGACGCCCUCGUGCAGCAGAACCUGGAGCUCCGGGAUGGACUGACGGCCCCACGGCCACUGUGGGAGGCAGACGCCGCCCUGGGCGCCAGGAGGAAGCUGGACACUCUGGCCACACACCAGCCCUCCCAGAGUCUGCAAGAACAGAGCGGCCAAAAGUCGCUGGAGCCAGCCGCGGGUGUCGCCAGGCUCCAGGACAGUCCAGCUGCUCAGGGAAAAGGCGCUCGUCCACUGCCUUGCAAGGGUCCCGAGGGCAGGCUUCUCACCCGGGAGCGGGCUGGUCGGUCCGCCUGCCACCCCCUGGGCACUGCCAAGCCACAGAACCCUCCUGGAGAGCCAGGGCCUUCCCAGACAGAACAGGGGGACCAAGAAGAAGGAAUGCGGUCCCCGGCCAGCGAGGUAGGCAGACACCCUGGUUACGGUUUCACAGACGCUCGUACCACGCGCACGACCCAUCCGAGUGCUCUGGCCGUCGUGCGGUUCCCCGAGCAGACAGAAAAAUACCACCCUGAUGGUUCGAAGGAAAUCGUGCAUCCGGACGGGACCGUGAGACGUCUGAGCGGCGGCCGUGAGGAGACUAUGUUUCCGGACGGGACAGUCGUCACUGUGGAAAGGAACGGCGACAGGACCAUCGUGUUCAGCAACGGGCAGAGGGAAAUCCAAACGGCCGGGUUCACGCAGCGGGAAUACCCCAAUGGCACCGUCAGGACCGUGUACUGCACGGGCUCCCAGGAAACCCGGUCCGCCUCCGGGACUGUGAGGAUCAGGUACGAGCCUGGGAACAUCCUUCCGGCCAGAAGGCGUCGGGCGUCCCUCAAAACCCCAACGUUACUCCCCGGGGAAGAAACCCUUCUGGAACCAUCUUGUCACGAGAUGUGGGGGUGUUGUGUUUUCGAUGUGCUCUCGUGCUCUGCUCUGCCAGACGUGAGCCAUCCUGUGUCAGUAGUGACCGCGUCAACCAGUGUCACCCGUGCCGUGUUACGGAGGCCGUCAGGACGCUGGUGACACUGUCUGAAGUGACCCAAGGACAGCGUGCUCUCGGCUCUGGAGGAGGGCAGAGGCACUCCCCGGGCAGCUGCCCCGGACGGAGGCCUUUUCCUUCCCGAGGACCACAGCCCGGUCACUGGUCAGUUAACAAGUGAAACUAACCUGUUACGGAAAAGCUGCCUUUGCUUUGGCUAAAAAAGAGAAGAAAGAGAGAAAGAAAAGAACGUGCUGAUUGUUUUAUUUUGAAUCGGCUUAUCCCGAGAAUUUCCACUGCAGCAAACAGGACGGCGGGCUGGGGUGCGGGACGAAGAGAACCGAGCUUCUGUGCGGGGACGGGGAGCAGGAACUAACGUUCGUGUUUGUCGGUAAAUUGUGUUCAGGCCCCAGACGACGGGCCUGGCCGGUGGCGUCUGACGUGUCCCUGCCAGCUCCGGAGCGGUCUCACUCGGCGAUCCAGAAUCAGAGCCGGAUGACUCACGCGGGGCUUGGGGCGCGCUGGCCGUCGGGACACACUCAGGACCACGUGCCCUGAGCCGCACCUGCCAGCCGCUGGAUCGCGCCCCAGUCCCGUUCCUCGCGCCUCCUCAAGGCUCAGCGUGGGACAGAAAAGGUCUGGGUUCAGAGCGUGGCACUCUAGCUCCGGCACACUCCCGCCCACCUGCCCUGCCUGCCUCUGCCCUCCCACCCGCCAGUGCCCUCUCCCAGCACACCUCAGGGGCAGGCCCUUCCCGAGGACCAGCCCUGUCUCACCCAAGCCCCCUCUGUUGUCCUUCCCAGGCUUGCAUGGCUGCCUCUGCUCUAGAACGCUCCCCAUGGAUCCCGCUCCCGGCAGUCGGGCAGGUCCCCCCAGUCCUCUGGCCCCCUUGUCCCCAGGCUUGUCCCCAACUGUGUUCCCACCACCUACUUACCUGUGUCCCUCCCAAGGGGCCUGGAGCAAGUUGGGGCAGACAUCAGGUCUCCUACAUUUUUGACGCCCCUCCCCGCAACGGUGAGGAGAGGGCCUGGAGGUUUCAGAAGUUAGUUCUGGUGUAAGUGAGCGGGUCCAUAACAGGACACGGUCCUCGUACGUCUGAUUAUCGUUGGUUCUGUAAAAUCAGAAGCACUUUGGACGAGGACGGCCACAGUCACAACAAUUGGCACUGUUUAAUGCCCAGUUUAUCCAAUGUAGCUUUGAAACGACUUUUUCUUGAGCAUUUGAAGAUUGGUGCUAAUUAGAUUAGACGUCCUUAAAUAACUAAACUUUCCUUUGUAGGUUCAGUGCGGCUGGUGCUUUAGAAUAAACACCCCACGCAAAAGAUAAAACCCGAUGCUUAAAGACCGUUUCACACGCUCACACCUUGGACCGAUCCAUCAGCCUGGAUUAGUUUCUCACUCAUCUGUAGUUAAUUUUCAUGCCUUCCCAGAAUUGUCACUAUAUUCAUUUUGUCUUUUAAAAAUUUUGUUUAUUUAUUUGAGAAAGAAAGAGUGAGCACAAGCAGGGGG